AUGACCACCAACUUCUACAGAGAACCUGAGUUUGAGACGCUCCAGCUCCACGCAGGGCAGGAGCCGGACCCGACAACGAACGCGCGAGCACCACCCAUCUACGCAACUACGUCCUUCGUCUUUAACGACUCUGCGCAUGGUGCAGACCUGUUCGGUCUUCGUGCGUUUGGAAACAUCUACUCACGCAUUGGAAACCCAACUGUCGAUGUUUUUGAGAAGCGUGUAGCUGCUCUUGAAGGCGGAGUAGCAGCAGUUGCAACAUCGAGUGGACAGGCAGCCCAGUUCAUGGCGAUUGGCACGCUCGCGUCGGCUGGGGACAACAUCGUUUCGACAUCUUACCUGUAUGGUGGAACAUACAACCAAUUCAAGGUACUCUUCAAAAGAUUUGGGAUUCACGUCAAGUUUGUCACGUCGGACGACCCCGCGGCAUUCGCUGCAGCCAUCGACGAUAAAACCAAGGCUAUAUAUGUCGAGAGUAUCGGGAACCCGAAGUACAACGUCAGCCCGAUCAGGGAAAUUGCAGACGUCGCCCAUCAACACAAGAUCCCGUUGAUCGUAGAUAACACGUUUGGCAUUGGUGGCUACUUGAUCCGACCCAUCGAACAUGGUGCGGACAUCGUUGUGCACAGCGCUACCAAAUGGAUUGGUGGGCACGGCACAACCAUUGGCGGCGUCGUCGUCGAUUCCGGCAAGUUCGAUUGGACCUCGGGCCGCUUCCCCUCCUUCACAGAGCCGUCCGAGGGGUAUCACGGACUCGAAUUCUCCAAGACGUUUGGUGCCGUUGCCUUCGCCGUCAAACUGCGCGUCGAGACCCUCCGUGACCUCGGUGCAUCCCAGAACCCCUUCGGCGCCUUCCUUCUUCUCCAGGGUCUCGAGACGCUCUCCCUCCGCGCAGAGCGGCACUCGUCGAAUGCGCUCGCGCUCGCGCGCUACCUCGAGGCCCAUUCCAGGGUGGCGUGGGUGUCGUACCUCGGACUCGAGUCCCACCCGUCGCACGCGCGCGCAAAGAAAGACUUCCGUAACGAGGGCGCCUUUGGCGGUGUCCUGAGCUUCGGGGUGCACGGCGCCGCGGCGAACCCACAGCUUGGGAGCGCCGUUGUCGACGCACUGAAGCUUGCGAGCAAUCUCGCGAACGUUGGCGACGCGAAGACGCUCGUCAUCCAUCCCGCGUCGACGACUCAUCAACAGUUGAACGCGGAGGAGCAGCUCGCGAGCGGUGUCACGCCAGAUUUGAUUCGGGUGUCGGUUGGCAUCGAGAACAUCAAGGAUAUUAUCGCCGAUUUCGAAGCUGCGCUGAAGGUCGUACCCGACAACUAA